GAAAAUUUAAUCCCUCAAGUUUCUCUCAGGAACAAGCUGACAUACGUUUAUUUUAGAUUAUAGAUAUGUGCUGUAUCAAAAAGUAAAGUGCACAAAAUGGAUAUUAAAGGAAAACUUCGAUCAUCUUUCCAAAAAUGUUGGGAAUGGUUUAAUAAAGAACACAUAUAUUAUAGAUUAUUUUGGGGCCUUGUAAUUAUCAUUUCGACAUGGAAUAUAAUAUGGAUAUUUUUAUUGACUCUAACACGUUUCUUUUCGGAUUCAAUAAGUAUUGGUAUUGAGACAACAUAUCUACGUUGGAACAAUACAUUUCCGGCUGUCAGUUUCUGUCUGACCAAAAAUCGUUCCAGUAGUCGUGUUAUGGAAUUUGUAAAAACGGAAAAUAUACCACAUAAAGUGUCAGCAACAAAUUAUGUUAAAAAUCUUCACGAUUACAUGUUUACAAAUCCGAAUCAUAUCCAUUUUAAAGAAGAUUAUUGUAAUGGUUUGAAUAGUACUUGUGGUGUGGAUAUAUUAAGAGUGAGAAAAGAGCUUUUACCCAACUCGUGUGAGGAUUUUAUGACAAAUAUAUCCUUUCGAGGAAUAUUAUAUGAAAAUUGUACGGAUAUUUUUACAUUUCAUGAAUUGGAGAUGGGUUAUUGUUAUUUAUCCAAUAAUUUACUUGACUAUGAAUCAUUUAACAAUUUACCAUUAAAAUUUGAUAUUUCACAUACCGACAAGAGCAUGAAAAUAUAUUUAAGAGGUGGAUUCUUAUGGAAAUAUGAAAUGUACGUACAUAGUCCCGAAGAUUUGCCUUAUUUCAAUUCAAUUACAUAUGAUGCUUUUUCGGAUCCUACCGUGUAUAGAUUCAAUGUUGAGGAAUAUGAUAAUAAUCCAGAUGUUAAACAGGAAUCGAUACAACAGAGAUCAUGUAAAUUUCCAGAUGAACGAGAUCCUGGUUCACCAUGGCAUUAUAGUUUCUCAAAUUGUAUGUCUUAUUUAAGGAUACAAUUCGAAUUGGAAAAAUGUAAUUGCACUCACUAUACUUCACCCAAAAUAUAUAAAUCACAAUAUUGCGAUAUUAAAGGUUUAAAAUGUAUUGAAGAUGCUCAAAUAUCUACUCAAACAAAGGAAUAUGUGGUUGAAAAGAAUGCAUGUUAUCCGUCUUGUUUGGAACAGCAAGUUACAUUAGUUGGCUCCAAUGAAAUAGGAAAUUUGGAAAUUUCCAAUAUGUUUUAUGUCGAAGUGAGUAUAACGAAUUUACCCACUGUACGUUAUAAUCGUGUUGUUACACAAACAUAUUUGGAUUUAGUAGUUUCAGUUGGCGGCGUUAUUGGUCUAUUUGCGGGAGCAUCAGCUUUAAAUAUUUUUGAAAUAUUUUAUGUAAUAUUACGAAGAAAUUAAUGGUUAACAUGAAUUUAAAACAGAUAUAUGACAAUAAAAUAAUAAAGUUAAUUAUUAUGAUACUUU